CCUCUUUCCUCAACCUAACCCCCAUCCAGCGAGGUUUCUCCGCUCUCAUAUAGAAUCAGAUAUGAAGAGGGCGGCGCCGUCUCAGGAGCCCCUCGACGUUUCUUCCGGGGACUCCUCGGGCUCGGAUUCCGAUCAAUUAGGCGGCAAGGAUAAGGGCGGGAGCGCCUCUAAAGCUGCUGCAGGGGCUGAAGAUGUGAAGAGGGUGGUGCUGCAUAAGGAAUCCCAGGACGUAUCUUCUGAUGAUGACCUUAGCUCGGAUUCUGAUGAUGAUGCUGGGAAGGGGAAUGCUUGGAAUGCCUUUGGGCUGCCCAAUUCCUCCAAAGCUGCUUCGACGGCAGAAGGUGCUCUGAUCAGGAGGGCCGAAAUGUAUCAGCAAUACAUGAAGCGCAUUCCGGUUCCUGCUUACCGUGAUUCUGUAAUCCCAUUCACAUCGUGGCUGGGACUCGCCGGAUCGCUGAAGCAGCUGUAUGAGCAACCCUUGCAUUACCUCACCAAUGUCCUCUUAAAAAAGUGGGACCAGCAAAGGAUUGGGAGCGAUGAUGAGCACCGGCGUCUGGACGCUAUCAUCCACCCUGCCAGAGCUGAGACCCUGGUUUGGGCCACUGAAGAGGUCCAUAGGCUGACCACCUCUGGCCAGCACUUGGCUAGCCUCUGGGCCUCAGAUCCCAUGUAUCAUGCUCACGUAGAUCCCGUGUUUGCUUCCGUAAAGCUGGAGUAGCCACCGUUAUGAAUUGGGGGGUUUUGGUGUUUCCAUGGUGUAAGCCUGCACAUUUUGAUUUGCUAAAACAGCAAGUACCAAUCUAGUGACGCGAACUCCAGUCCAGAUGACGCUUGUUCUGAGUAUGAUAUCUUGUCGUUACGGUUCAUUUUAACAUUAAUCUUAGCUCUGUGAACAGCAGCCAGGUCAAAGAAGAAGAAGAAAACCGGUGUGGAUUUCAGCGCUCUGAGCCGGCACGGAUACCAUGGCGGCCCAUCCGUCUUGACAGUUCGUCCGGCAGCGGAGGAACCGAACUGGUCCUGGUCCACUGGGAAAGACCGCGACGGCAAAGAGGACGCACACGCACCCGAGUCCUACGAGGAACGCGAGCGUACCAGGGCCGCAGUAACCGAAGGGGAGAAGUUCAUCGGGCUGCAGAACGCGCCGCCGAACCAGCUGUUGCUGGAGAAAGACAGGAAGGAGAAGGACGCCUCCUUCUCGCAGAAAGAGAAGCGGAAGAGGGACCGGGGCCAAGCCAGCAGGGGGAAGAACUACGUCGAGGAGGAGAAGCGGCUCCUGAGGGGCAGCGGCGUGUACUCUGGCUUUGACACUUAGCAAAUACCAAGAGCUCUAGCAUGUGUGCAUACCGAGGGUUAGCUGCCUUUCAUCGUGUGCUUUGGCUGUGUUUAUUUGGGCUUUGGAUGUAGCUAUGCAUUGCGUUCAAAUAGUACCGCUGCCAUAUUCUGUGUGCCAUGUCUUGCUGCAUUCGCGAGUUGCCAUUGAUAUAAAAAAAAUUGGAACUUCAAAUAUCUU